AUGAAGGCCACCUUUGCUCUCUCUGCCCUCCUGGCCACCGUUGCCGUGGCUCUGCCUACCCCUACCAGCAUCGUCCCUGGUGCCGCCACCAGCAGCGCUGUUAGCACCGUCAGCAAGACCGUCCACAGCGUCCUGACCGUCACCAACCAGCAGACCGGCAAGAACAUGCUGGUUGAGCUUGAGCAGGGCUUCGCUAACCAGCUCACCGGCCUUAACCUCGGCAGUGCUUCCAGCCCCGUUGGCAAGAUCGUCCAGACCGCUGGCUCCCUGUCGGAGCUGCAGAGCCUCACUUCCGGCCUGACUGGCCUCACCUUCGUCACCAGCACUGGCGAGUACGUCCUUGUUGAGCUCGACAACACUGUCGAGGGUCUCCUGGCUAGCCUUGGCCUCUCUGCCGUCGGCGAAGUUGUCGGCACUGUCGUCUCCACCCUUGAGGGUGUCGUCUCCAACCUGAAGCGCUCUGAGCUCAACAACGUUCUGUCCAUCACCGGCCUGAACAACGAGCCUAUCCUCGUCAAUGCUGAGUCCACCCUUACCAACGCUCUCGACCUCUCCGCUGUCAAGGGUACCGUCGGUACCGUUGUUGCUUCCGUCCCCGGUGUUUCCGACCUCGCCUCCAAGGCCUCUGAGCUUGGCCUCCCCACCAACGAGCUUUUCGGUGUUUUGAGCGCUGAUGGCUCCUCCGCUCUGCUUGUCCGUGUCGAGUCCCUUGCUGGUGGUCUCACCUCCACUGUCACUGGCCUUCUGUCUACCCUUGGCCUCGGUGACCUGACCACCACUGUUGGCACCGUCGUCACUUCCGCUCAGGGCGUCACCGCUCUGUAA